UGCCACAAGCUCUCCAGAUCGGGGCAUUCCCCACCCGCUGCCAUGGGCUCUCCUGCCCCGCCUGCCCAGGUUGCUACAUGCUGUGGCAGCAGUGGCCGUACCCUAUAUAAGAGCACUGAGGAGCCUACCCCGCCGUGCCACCGUGGGUUGCCAGGACUGGGCUGCUAUGGAGGCUGAGGAGGCCGCAGCGGUGGCAGCGAAAGUGGCGCUGCGGACACCCAAGUGUUCCCGCUGCCGUAACCACGGCUUUGUGGUGCCAGUGAAGGGCCAUGCUGGCCACUGCCGCUGGAAGCUCUGCCUGUGCGACAAGUGUGCCCUCCUCGCCGAGCGACGGAAGAUCAUGGCGGCCCAGAAGGCCCUGAGGCAGCAGGUGCCUGACACCCCGGCUGGGGCAGCCGCAGGUCUGGCUCCCCCAGGUGAAGGCCCUGGGGUGGCUGCUGGGGCGGCCCGCGGCCCUGAGCAGAGCGGCCAUGACGGGGUGAAGGGUGCCCAGCCCGCAGGCAGCAACGGCAAAGGCACAGCAUGCAAAGGACUGCUGCCACCUAACAGCCCUCCCUUCUGGGACUAUGCUCACUCUGCUUUUCCUCCAGAAUAUGUGGUCAACCCAGAAUACCUGGAGAGAGAACCUCCGAAAGUGUACCCUGGGUGUUCUGGGGUAUAUCCUUACCACCCAUUUCCCAUGGGAUUUGCCAUCAAUCAGUCAAGCUGUAGAGGAGCACCAUCACCUUCAGGAAUCUCACUUCAGAGAGGUUUGCGACACAUUCCUAGCAACUAUGGGCCAGGGAACGCAGCUCCUGUGGCAAUUCCAGAUGGCGGUGGAGAUUUCCAUCAAGGAUACUACUCUCCCCUGCCUCAGUUCAUCCCACCAAGUUUUCUGCCAGGGAUUCAUUACAUUCCACCUCCCCUUUCCCUGAACGUGUUGACUGAAACAACCAAGGAAGCACAUGCUACUGAAGCUGACAGUCAGGAUUCAGGGGUGCUUCGUGAACCUGGUCAACCGUCUUCUUCCCCAGAAGAAACAAGCAGAGACCAAUCUGUGUAUUCUAAACAGUAAAUGGGCUGGAAAAGAGCUGAAUAGCUGGCAGUGCGAUUUGCAUACUGAGUGUUGGUUAAUAUGAGGGCAGAGUGACACUUAGUCACUGAGCAGCCACAACAGCUAGAAGAAGGGUAUUAGUCCCCUGCCUCACUUUGCGAUCACGUUAAUGCUACCAGGCUCACAGCUCUGCCUCCCUAGCACUGUAAAGUCCUUGUUCCUAAAAGAGGUUUACCAGAGACAUGGCAAGUCUCUUCCCCCUUUAGCAGGUGGCAGCAGCAAAUGAUUAUGACUCUGAAUUUGUUUCCUUUGCUGAGGGUAGAUGGCUCCCUGACUUUGGAGUGAGGUCUCUGGGCCGUGUACAUUCUGUGGCCGCCUCAUGUUCAUGACAGUAGUCAAAAAUGUGUUGUUUGUAUAUCAAUUUGCUGUAAAGAAAACCUGGUUCUGAGUAUUACAGAAGAGUUAAGUGAUGUAGAGCCUGAAGACUCAGUGAGAGAGGAUGGGAAGACAGUCUGGGUUGCUGAUUAACUCAACUGCCUAAGAACGUGAUUCACUGGGUUCAGCAGGGUAAGGGAACAGUUGGUGCUUGGCAGACUUGUCAAGAAGGGCAUGGGAGGAAUUUGCAGAAAGGGCUGGUACAGACUCAAAUCCAGUGCCUCUGUUUUGUUUUCUGGGUGAGCUGCCUUUAGGGUACCUUCUGUUCAAGUUGGGGACAGGCUGAUUUGGAAUCACUUCACGUCACAGAGGCUUCAGGAUUUUUAAUGUCCUUGAUGGUUUAUACAUAAUUUCAAUGUUGUUUAACUCAGUACAGUGGAAACUAAACAGUAGUAUUUGUUUCUGAAGGGCUCACAUAGACAGCCUCAUACAUGUAUAUUGGAAGGGUGCUAUGGCGUAUGGAAGGUAUGAAGAGAUUGCCUAGGAAACUAGGACAAAACACCAUUUAGAAUAGUAAUUAGUCAAAUCCAUACAUAUUAGAAUUUUCAAUGAUAAUGUUUAAUUAAAAAUGAAAGGUACAUUACUGUUUUGCCUAGAGGAAUUGGUUUUGUAUUAAGUGGAUUGGUUGUUACUGUUUGAAUAAUUGGGGGGGGGAGGCUUUUGUAUAAUUAAAAAAGAUACAUUAAAUUGUUGGUAUGGUUUUGAUGA